AUGGACAUGGGCGGUAUGGAUAUGGGCGGUAUGGAUAUGGGCAUGGGCGGAUGCCAGGUCUCGAUGUUGUGGAAUUGGAACACUAUUGAUGCUUGCUUCCUCUCCAAAUCCUGGCACAUCACUUCCCGCGGCAUGUUCGCCGGCUCUUGCAUCGGAGUCAUCUGUCUCGUCCUCGCCCUCGAAUUUCUCCGCCGUCUGGGACGUGAAUAUGACGCCUUCAUCGUCCACCGCGCCAGACUCAGAAGACAGUAUCUCUCCACUCCCUCACCCAAAAUCAUCCCAACGACCACCAGCAGCCCCGAUUCCGAAGAGGAAAAUCCAAACCCAGCCUCAUGUUGUGCCAACGACAACGGUGACAAGGGCGCUACCGCUGCUCCAGUCGCAAAGCCUACGCCUACGCCUCUACCUGCUACGGCUACCGUCACUGAUGACACGCCAUUCCGUCCCUCCAUUAUAGAGCAAUUCAUCCGUGCCCUCUUGCACAUGCUUCAAUUCGCCGUUGCGUAUUUCGUCAUGUUGCUCGCUAUGUAUUUCAACGGGUACAUCAUUAUCUGUAUCUUCAUCGGGGCGUUCUUGGGCUCGUUUAUCUUUUCCUGGGAGCCGAUUAAUCUGGGCAAGGAGAAUGAUGCUCUUGCUGUGACUAAAUGUUGCGGCUGA